AAUUUGUUUGGAAUGUUGAAGAGGAUUUCAAGCCUGUUCCAGAUACCUGGAUUCCAGCAAAGGACAUAGAGUUCUCUAAUGGCAAUCCUUUGCCUGACGAAAAUGGACAUAUGCCAGGUUGGGUGCCUGUGGAGAAAAACAGUAAGCAGUACUGCUGGCACUCAUCUGUUGUAAAUUAUGAGGCUGAAAUUGCGCUGGUACUGAAACACCAUGCUGACCCAGGGCUGCUGGAAAUCAGUCCGGUGCCAUUAUCAGAACUUUUAGAACAAACAUUGGAGCUUAUUGGGACUAACAUUAAUGCAAAUCCAUAUGGAUUAGGCAGCAAGAAGCAGCCUGUACAUCUUCUUGUACCACAUGGAGCCUUUGAAAUCAAGAAUCCGCCUAGUCUGAAACAAAAUGACAUACUGUCGUGGUUUGAAGGCUGCAACGAGGGUAAAGUAGAAGGAAUCGUGUGGCACUGCCGUGAUGGGUGUUUAAUCAAGCUCCAUCGCCAUCACCUCGGUUUACGCUGGCCGCUUGCAGAGACGUACCUGAAUUCUCAGCCUGUUGUAAUUUCUUUUAAUAGAGCUAAGUAUGACUGUGACUUUGAACCAAAGAGUUUGUUUCACCAUUUUUCAAACUUGGAUGGUCAAAGUUUUGACAGGCUCAAAGAUAUCAAGUUUGGUGCUUGA